AUUUUAUUAAAAUAUGGUAUCUAUUUUCUCAAUAGCAGAUCGUGUUUUAAUUUUACGAGCAAAAUUUAUCCUUUGCUCAAUGAAGUUAUCUGAAGAUACUUUACUGCAACCUCUGCUACCAAAUCAAAUUAGUCUUGGCUUGCUAUCCUUUUUUUAGUACAGGAUUCAAUCCUUUGGUUACCAAUGGCUCACAUUGAGUGUAGUCGUGCUUUUUGUUGGCGUCUUAGUUGGCUUUCAAGUAGUGUUCCUCAGUCGUGUCUUACCCAUAAGCAUUCUAUCAAAUUUCUCCAUAUGCACUUUCGACCCAAUAUGUUAUUCACCAUUACUGUUCCAUUUUCUUUUUUAUUUUCUUUUCCUUUUUGAACUGG